AUGAGCGACCCUGGCGGGAUUGCACUAAGGGUCAAAGCCGACCUUGAGCGCUACGUCAAGCCACGGGAGCAAGUCAACUAUAUUCGGCGUAUCCUAGCUCUCCACCUGGGCUCCCUUACUGGUGAUGGACCAGUCACGCACCCGUUAUCGCUGGUCGAUGGCGUUUUCAAAGUCGACGCCAGCAAGGAGAUUUCUGGCAUUCAGAAAGAAUACAUCAGCGCCUUGAACGCAAAUGCAGCCGCUCGUCGCGAGUUCGAUGAGGUCUUGGAGGCAACAACCAGCCAGCCCGAGGCAAGACCACAGCAGUCAUCCCGCGAACCGGAUUUUUUGCAAGAACAGCUUGCGAUAUUGCAACUCCGUCGCAAGAAGGAGUGCCUCCUAGCAAUCGAGAGCUCUUUGGAUCGCCUCUCCGAGAAGCCGGCCUCGUUUCACUCCUUCCUGGACUCAGAGGACAUUUUCCAUGGCUCCAAGCCGCUGCCCAGCGUUCCGCAGGUCGUCCUCAACAGCUUCGUGAGGGAACAGAGCGGUGCAGAGCCCGACUUGCAUCAGCGACUACACCAACUGGAGAAGACGGUACUGCGAGUCAAGCUGCUCCUGAAGCAGGAAGAGCGCGUGCUCGCCGAGGCGAGAGCCAGAUGCAGCAAGUCGAACGUCAGCAACGGGGCAAAGCUCGAGGCUCUCAACGCGACACGUGACGAACUCAUCACAUGGAUCGAGACGGAGCUGGGCAAGGCUUCAUCGGAGGGUUCCGAAGGAGCCGCUCAGGUAGCGACAGGGGAGCAGGAUCAGCAUUCCAAGGCUGAUGAAGCAGCCAUUACGACCCAGCUCCAGCAAAUACAGCGCAAAUACUCGGCAUAUGUUUCUUCUCGGAAAGACCUCGUUGAGAUCCUAGCACAUCGUUCACAGCCGUCCAUUCCACCUCCCACCGAGCAGUCAGGAGAAGCGAGCAAGCAAGCGGCAGGCAGUAAGGAUCCGGUGAACCACCUACUCACCCCAUAUAUCGAGGGGAUCAUCUCAGUCUCAAGACAGCAAAAGGCGGCGAUAACACAAAAGUCGCACAUCACCACGGUGCUAAGCAAGCGAAACAAGGACACCCGGCAGGUUCUUGAUCGCCUUGCAGAAGAGAGCCAGCUUCUGCCCGCACACCCAGACAAGGAUUCGCUUAGGCGGAGGCCCGGCCUUCAAUACGAGAUGACGUCCAAGUCUGCGGACCGUGCCGGCGUUGCGGCCCGCGUCAAGCCAUGGGUGCUGGCGGCUGACGCUGCCAAGAUUGCAACCCUAGAGGCUGUUGCAGAAACAAUAGACGGGGGCCAAGCUGCCCUCGAGAACAGCAUGACGAGCCUUGUCAAGAUUGAUCAGCUGCUUGGCCGAGGCGAGCAGGCAUCCGAGGAGGAUGCGGUCGUCGAGGACGCGACUGAGGACGACGUCUGGCUGGGCAGUGAGGGGCGGGGCGGCGCUGUCCGGAAGCAUUCGAAGAAGGAGACAAAACCUACGGUUCAAAAGGGAGACCCGUGGUCGAUUUUGCAUGGGAACCUCGGCCUGAUAGGCCAUGAUGAUGCAGAUUAG